AUAUAUAUGUGAUUAAAUAAAAAAAGUAAAAAGACAUCAAUAAUUCCGGCAACGCCAACAAAACAACAAGAUUUUCGGGAGCAAAUUACAGUAGUUUUGGAUAUAUCUUACUACGGGGUUCAGUUAUCGUCGAAAAAUCCAAUAAUAAAAAGGAAAAAACAGCCAAAAUAUCAUCUCCAAAAGUAUGACGUCUUAAUACUUGUAUACGCCUAUGAAACUGGAAGGGAUAAUUUUUGAAAAUGUAGAUGUAUUUACACUAAGUACCAGCUGCAGCCGAUGUACAUUCUUCCACAGGAACCCACUUUUAAACCUAGAGGGAACAGUUCACGAACUUUGGUCAGUCGAAGUUUAGCUGGGAAAAAGCAUUCUUGACCAACAGUUCUUAAAUAAAUCUGUUGUUUAAUCAGAAUUUACUCAAAGCACUUUUUAGUUGUAAAACGCUUGACUCCUAUCGGUUUCAUAUUUUCGAUGGUCUAUGCAGUCUAAAUAAUGAAUUCGAGAAUAAAAAGGGACUGUAGUACUAUAAUUUAUUAGACCAUCACUGUCAGGUUGCUUUGUAUACAAACUGGUGGAAACUCAUGCUGAUACGAUAGCCAAGUCCAUCAAAUUUCGCAUUAUUUUAACGAUCGAUGUUUUUCUGGAGAUCCUUUAUUGUCUAUAAACAGGAAAUCAGUAUACUUCAUGACGAAAACCAAGUUUAAUAAGUAGUAAUGAAAGACAAUGUUUUUAAACUAGUAAUCCUCUCGAAUACAUGGGGGUUGGUAAGUUCACAAUACCUCCACUAAUACUAGAUCUUUUAUAUCGCGAAAUUACAGAUGUUGGUUAAGAAAUCUGUCUUGGUGUUUUACGUCCGUUAUUCUGGAUGCUGCGUCUUUGCAUAUUUUGCUUUAAUGUUUGAACUGGGACUUAUGCUGCCAGUUACAACUGCAUAUAAGCUGCUUGUGAAGACUUGUAAUGAUUGACAGAAAAUGUGUUAACUUUUGCUAUAAAUAUCUUGACAAAGUUGUACGUCUUUGUCAACAACCAAAAUUGAGCUUGAAAGCCAGUCCGCCUUACAUUUUGGAUACGAUUCCGGAUAUAUAUGAAAAACUACAAAGAAUAAUUGCAAAUUACGAAGAAAACUAUGAUGCACUCUCGGAAAUAGAAUACUUUCAAAUAUAUAUUUCGACUUUGAUUGAAAAAUCCAAGCAAACUAUUAGUCUUUUCAAAAAUUCCAAAGAGAAAAUUUUCGAUAUCAACUCAGAUGCACGUUUUCGUCUGAUUAAGUUGUCGCUAGUAUAUUCACAUCUGCUUAACGAUUUGGAAGCCCUCUUCCCACGUGAUACUUUCGACUCAAAGGGUUUCCGUAUAACAAAACCUAAUGCAGCUCGAUGGUGGUUGAGCAAUUUUGGGGAUAGUGUAGUUGUUUCUUGGCAAUUAUUCAAGGAUUCGUUAAUUCAAACAUUCAGGAUAGACUCUGAUACUCAACUGUUGGCUCUCCAAACGACCAUAGACAUAACUUGCAAUGACUAUGUAUCUAUUUUUGAGUUCGAUGUAUUUACUAGAUUGUUUCAACCGUGGAACAAUAUACUAGAAACUUGGAAGGCGUUAGCCAUCCUCCAUCCGGGUUACAUGGCGUUCAUGACGUAUGAUCAAGUUAAAGGUGUUCUUAAACGCUACUGCACUCACCCUGGUCCAGGAACAUACAUUUUUCGAUUAUCAUGUACUAAAUUGGGUCAGUGGGCUAUCGGAUAUAUUACACAAGAACUAAAAAUCGUACAAACUAUAAUACAAAACAAAUCCUUGGCACAAGCGUUGGUUGAUGGAGAAAGAGAAGGGUUCUACGUAUAUCCGAACGGGAAACCCAGUCCUACCACUUUGUUGUACCAUUUAACAAAUAAUCUCCUUCAGGUCCACUUACAAGUAACAAAGGAACAAUAUCAGCUUUAUUGUGAGAUGGGUUCGACCUUCGAAUUAUGUAAGAUUUGUGAUGAAAAUAAUAAAGAUACGCGACUCGAACCUUGCGGCCAUUUGAUUUGCAAGAACUGUUUACUUAAUUGUCAAUCCACAGGUAAUGGUCUAACAUGUCCGUUUUGCCGCCUGGUAAUUAAAGGGACUGAAGAUAUUAUCGUUGAUCCUUACAAACCACCAAGCGACUCUGGUAAACUAAGUUUCCACCCCAGUGAGCCUAUCGUGAUUUGUCAUCAAACAGCGUCCCUUCAUGAGAUAGCUGACAAGCCUUCGGAAUUGGCUUCGUCUUCUGUCAGCGCCUUGUGUAACAGAAAAAGUCUCACACCAGAUUUUCUACCUGUGGGACCACCACCUAUACCGCCAAGAAACUUUUAUCUGACAUCUACCAUAGAUAAUACCGUAAAUUACAACAACGAACUUCAAGCUAGUUGUCAUACUCCUACUUCAACAAACUGCGGAUUCGAAAUUUCAACAUGUCCUGAUUUCGAUGAAAACAUUCAAUUCGCAAAUCCCGACUCAUCUGUUAAAAAUGAUACGCUUAGUGACUGUAAUGAAGAUAGAUGCUUAUGCUCUCAAGGGAACAAUUCUCUGUUGCUAACACAUUUUAUGUCCCAGACAGAUACGGGGAGUUGUGGUCGUACAAUGGAUUUAAAUUACGCUCAGUUAGAUUUAAACAAGUCAGAUUCUGAUGAUGAAUUGGAGGUUAGUUUAGCCUAUAAUGAAAAAGACGGAAUACGAGACCAGCAAGAUGAUAUCAGGGCAUCUGCACAACAGAACAUAAGUACAAACCUAGAUCUCAUUUGUGAAUCGUUGUCGAAUGCUAAGAACCAUAUGAACUGUUUUUCAGAUAAUUUGUCUAACAAGAAUACGAUCCCCUCCAGUAUGUUACACUGUGAUCUCACCGAAUGCCAAACAAGAUCUGUGAAUGAAAAUGUGAGAGAAUUAAUUGGUUUACACCCUGAAAUGACUGAAGCAACAGCCACGCUUUUACUCACUUUAACGGAGAACCGUCUACAUAUUUCACAUGAAAUAUGGAAGCACUUUAUGCCUCGUGUUUAGAGAGACAUGUAAGCACUUAUUUUCAAUAAUAUGACUAAUGUUAUUUUGCUCAGAAAUAAUGUAUUAGGCUUAAUGUUAAAAUUAUUUUAUACUUUAUUAUUUUCGAUUUUACUUAUAUUGGUUAAUGAUUAUUGUCCUGCAGAGUUCGACUAGAUUUUAGGUAGGAUCACCCAAUUUUUGUGCUUUCAAGUUGGUACUGACAACAAUGCCUACCUAAUCUUUUUGUAUAUCGUAUAAAAUUUUCUACUAAAAUUUCAUUUUAACAACGAAUAAAUGUAUGAUAUUUUACUGAUAGUUUGAAAUACACUCGAUUUGACUUUCAAAA